AUGCCUAAGAUACCAAAGUAUGAUGGGAGAGACGACCUGGAAAAAUACCUAAGCGCUUAUAAAACUCAUAUGAGCCUUAGAGGCUCCACCCCAGUUGUGAAGUGUAGAGCUUUUCAUUUGACACUUAGUGGAGUGGCUGAAAUCUGGUAUAAUCGACUGCCACCUGGAAGCAUAAGGAGUUGGCCAGAAUUCAAGACCACUUUCCUAAAGAGAUUUACGGUGAGCAAGGAAGGAGAGGCCCCCAUCCAGUACCUUCAAGACAUGAGGCAGACACAUGGGGAAUCCCUGAAAAGCUUUUUAUCACGUUUUACCGACAAAAUGUUGUAUUGCGUGCAAGUUACCGAUCAUGAAGCUUUGUCAACCCUAAGAGGAGGUCUAAAUAUGAACACCCUAUUCUGGAAGGACGUGCAAAACCAAGAUCCCACCACCUACGAUGCUCUGUUGGAAAUGAUGAGGCGGGAGAUUAUUAAUGAAGAAUUAAUUGAGCACGGAAUCGGGCCAGCAGAGGCCUCCUACUUCAAUAAAGACAGCGCGUAA